ACUCCGGAUAACACAGCUGACAGAUGGUAGAACUGGGUUAGGUUAGGUCUCUGAUCACUUUCAGUUUGUAGUCAAUUCAUCGACCGUCCUAUAUUCACGGUCCAACACUCCGGGAGGGCAGAUUCUUUAUGAAUCCAACAAAAAGACUCUGCCGUCACCAUGCUGAGAAUAUCCACACUUUGCCUUUGUUUGUUGACUGUUUUCUUAGGAACUUGCACACCGGAGGCUAACGUCAAAGGUUUCGACGAGGAUGCUUUCGCCGUCCAACACUCGAGCACAGGGAACUGCCUGGGUACAGUGCCUUCGACAAACUUGAGUCUCACUUCCUGUGACCCAAAAAGCACUUCCCAGCUGUGGAAGUGGGGUUCAGGUCACCGCCUCUUCCAUGUGGACACGUCCCUCUGCUUGGCGUUGGACGUCAGCACCAAGGCAUUGUACAUGGCCGACUGUGGUUCCAACAUCCUGCUGUGGUGGCGCUGCCUGGAUGGGGCCGUUUUCACUGUUUAUCAAAUGGAGCUGACUGUCAGCGGUGGCAAAGUGGCGGCCAAACGUGACGCUAAUGACACUUGGGUAAGAGGAGGAUCCCAGGACAACAUCUGCCAGAAGCUGUACCACGUCGUUCACACCACCAAUGGGAACUCUUUCGGCUCUCCCUGCGAAUUCCCCUUCAAAUACAACGGCAGCUGGCAUCACGGGUGCCUCCCAGAUGCAGAUUUUUCUGGACUGUCCUGGUGUGCCACCUCAUCGGACUACGACCAAGACAGAAAGAAGGGACACUGUCUAACACCUGAGGAGGGUUGCCAGACCUUGUUUGCCGGGCCGGAAGGGGAAUCGUGCUAUGAGUUUGUUUCUAAUGCCGCGGUGACCUGGGUGAAAGCUCUGGAUUCAUGUCGUAGGCAGGGAGCUGAUCUGCUGAGUGUGUCUGAGCCCAACGAUCUUCACUCCAAGACCUUGUUGGAGGGCCUUGACAGAAUGCCUGAGAGGAUGUGGAUCGGCCUUCACCAGUUAGACACUUCUCAUGGCUGGCAGUGGUCGGAUGGUUCCCCUCUCUCAACCCUGCGCUGGGAAACAGGAAUGCCAUCCACCUCCACGAUUGUUGCGUCAGACUGCGGAGUCCUAAACUCUAAACAGAACUAUGAAUCUGAGUCGUGCAACAAAGAGCUGCCAUACAUCUGCAAGAAGAGAGUCAAUGCCUCUCAGACAGCAACAACAGAGUCACUUGUGUAUAGUGAAACAGUGUGUGAAGACGCUUGGGUCCCAUGGAAUGGCUGGUGUUACAAGUUGGUGAAGGACAUACCUCGAAACUUUACAGAUGCCCAGAUGCACUGCAACAACACAGAGGGGGGAGGAGGAGGCUCUCUGGCCAGCCUCCACUCCAUUGACAGCAAAGAGAUGAUCAGCACUAAUUUCCAUGCUGUUGGCCUCUUCUUGGACGUGUGGAUUGGUCUGAUCGGUGACGGCAUGAACCCCACUGUCUUCAAGUGGAUCGACGAGGCACCCGUCACCUUCACCUACUGGGACCGAAACCAUCCAGUCCAGCCCUCUGUGGAUACCAGCUGUGUCUUCUAUUCUGGAAAGGCUCAUGGUUGGUGGGUUGGGGAAUGCACUCAGAAGCUACCUUUUAUGUGUCAGAAGAAAGGAAAGGUCAACAAAUUUGCGACACAGCCUGGAUGUCGCUUGGAGGAUGGUUGGAGGAGACACGGAAACUCCUGUUACCAAGUAAACACCAAACAAGUUUCCUUCAAUGAUCGCUGCAACAUCACCAUAAGAAACAGGUUUGAGCAGGCCUUCAUCAGCCGUCUACUUGGAGAGCACAUGCACAAGGAACCUUCGUAUUUUUGGAUAGGGCUCCAGGACUUUGAGAACACAGGGGAGUACCAGUGGAUGAGCCAGGAUGGGACCCCGGGUGUGGUUGCAUACACCAACUGGGGCUGGUUCGAACCAGAUCGGAAUGGAGGUUGUGCAGUGAUUUCCACCUUAAAGACGCUGGACAAGUGGGAGGUGAAGAACUGUACCCAUUUUAAGGCCGGCACCAUUUGUAGAAGAGACCUCAGUCCACUUCCACCGCCAGAACCAGAGGCGAACCCCAACGCAACCUGUCCUGAUGGAUGGCUGUCCAAACCAAACAUCAAAUACUGCUACAAGGUGUUUCACGAGGAAAGGCUGAGCAGGAAACGCUCCUGGGAGGAAGCUGAGAUGUUCUGUCAGGCCCUGGGAGCCAACCUGCCCAGCUUCACAAACAAUGGUGAGAUGAAGGCCCUGCACAGCAUCAUGAGAGACACCAUCAGUGAUAAUCGCUACUUCUGGGUUGGCCUGAACAGAAGAAACCCAACCGAUCGCUCCUGGCAGUGGAGCAACGGCGAGCCUGUAUCUAUGGCUAUUUUACACCAAGAUUUCCAUGAGGAUGAUGCAUACAGUCGGGACUGCACUGCAUUCAAGACAUCGAAGAGCACCUUGAAACACUUGUUUGUGUUUCUGCUGCACGACUUAUCUCCCACUCCUUUCUACCCCACACCAUUUCACUGUGACGCCAGGCUAGAGUGGGUCUGCCAAAUACCCCGCGGAAAGACACCAAAGAACCCAGACUGGUACAAUCCAGAUGGACACCAUGAGACAUCUAUCUUCAUAGAUGGAGCAGAGUUUUGGUUUAUUAAGGAGCCUCAGCUAACAUUUGAGGAGGCACAGCUCUUUUGCAGUAUGAAUGACAGCAAACUAGCUUCACCACUCGGCUCCACUGCUGCCGGAAAGCUCCACCAGUACCUAAAAGAUAUGUCAAGUUCUCCCACGCAAAGAUGGUGGGUCGAUUUGAGUGAGCCUGGACGGAUAUUCCCAAUGACGUACACCCAGAUGUACUUUUAUCAUUCAGUUUUCCUGGGAAAAUGCACCUCCAUCAGUCCUGUAAACUUCUUUCCUGAGCAUGAGCGCAGUUGCCGUCAGCAAUUGCCUUUUGUGUGUGAGAAGAACAACAUCACGUCAGUGGAGAUAAACCCUCUGGAGCCUCAACCUCGAGGACUGCCCUGUGGAAAUAAAUCCAUGUCCUUCAGAAAUAAGUGCUACACACUGAUGACGAGCUUGAAACCUGUGUCAUUCAAGUAUGCCAAUGAUGAAUGCCUGUCAUUGAGGGGAACCCUGGUCACUAUAUCAGAUCAGGUGGAGCAAGACUUCAUCACCACCCUCUUGCCGAGAAUAAGAAACAUGGAAAGGAUAUGGGUUGGUCUGAAACUCAAACGGAAAGACCCUGAAUGGGUAGACAAGUCCCCAGUUAACUACAUCAAUUUUAACCCCUUGCUUCUGGGCAUGCACAGGGCUAUAAAAGUCAACACGUGGGAUCAAGAGAGCAUGGAGUUGUGUGUAUUUUUGAUCAAUAACCCCAACUCUGCCAUGCUGGGUACCUGGGACUAUUCUUCCUGUACAGAAUUUCAAAAUGUGGCCUUUUGUCAGCACUAUGCAGAUAAACUAGAGGAGCCCCACAUCCCAACAGAGCCCUUCUACUUCAAUAACCACACCAUCCUGCUGCUUGCCAAAAAUCUCACCUGGUUUGAGGCCUUAGAGCAGUGCAGAAAUAACAACAUGGACCUGGCAAGUGUGGCCGAUACCUUCCUGCAGUCCACCCUCACUGUGUACGUGAGCCGUGCACGCACGCCAAUGUGGAUCGGCCUCUUUAGCGAAGACGAUGGGAUCCACUACCGCUGGACCGACCACAGUCACACUGUUUUCAGUCGCUGGUCUUCUGAUGUCACCAGCGGCUCGUGUGUCUACCUGGACACCGAUGGCUAUUGGAAAGCCACCGAGUGUGAGGAGGAGCUUGGAGGCGCUAUCUGCCACAAACCACACGAGGAUAUUAUCACCACACCAGAGGACGUUGCCGUGAAGUGCCCCCAUAAGAUUAAUGGUCCCAACUGGAUCCCCUUCAAGAACAACUGCUACUCCUUCCAGCUGGUCGCUACCAGAUGGGACCAGUUUGACAAUGGACAGAUUCAGGAAACCUGCAAAAAGCUCCAUGCAGAUGCAGACAUCCUAACCAUCCGAAAUGCAGAGGAGAACGAGUUUAUCAAGCAGCAACUCAUUCCCUUUCAAAACUUGGUCCAGUUUGUUUGGCUGGGGCUGUUCAAAGAUGAGAACGAUAACCAGAUGAAGUGGUAUGAUGGCACAAAUGUCCAAUAUUCCAACUGGGCAAAAGGAAGACCAGAUGUAGACGGACCAUUCCUGGCUGGUCUCACCGUCCACAGCAGCUGGAUUCUUACCUCGAAGAGAAACUUGUUCGAAGAGUUCAAACAGAGGACCAUUGUGACCUGCAAGCUGGACAACGAACCAAAACAGCAGUACAACAAGUCAGCCAUGGACUUUCAACAUUACGGCAACUUGAGUUAUGAGGUUGUAACCCAUAAGAUGAGUUGGCACCAGGCUCUGGAAGAGUGUAACCAGCGUGGAGGCCACCUGGCAAGUGUCCACGACAUCCAGCACAGUGCACAUGUGAAGCUCAUUGCCAAGACGGACGGCUUCCCCCUCUGGAUCGGCCUAUCAAACCAGGAUGUUAGCGGCUCAGCCUUUGAGUGGUCGGACGGAACGAGAUUUGACUACAAAGCCACCAUCUCUGACCCGCGGGAGGGCUCCAGCUCAGACAAACAAGAGCCCAGCUGUGUUUUUGUAACCCCUGCCGGAGCCUGGGUGAGCGCCAGCUGCAAUACGUUGGUAGACGGAGCCAUCUGCUACACCACCAGCAUCACCACUACUUCCCAGAGAGCCAGACUGCUGGUUGCCUCGGAGGCCAAUCACUGCCCUCAGAGCAACGGUGUGUCCAUGUGGGUGCAGCAUCAGGACCACUGUUACGCCUUCGACAUGAACUUCUACAACUACAGCGUGUACAGCAUGAAGCAGGCCAUGGACAUCUGUCAGGGCAUGGAUGCUCAACUACUGACCUUAAAAACCAAAGAAGAGAACGACUUUGUGUCGAAGUACAUGUGUGAUGACCCUCUCAUCACCGGUCGAGUAUGGCUCAGCAUGAAGCUCGAUGCUCAAGGGAAGCCUGUGUCCUGGCAGGAUGGCUCGGCUCUGGCUUACUCUAACUGGGAGUCUGAGGCCUUGGUUACUGGGAAGGAGUCGGAGCCCCACUGUGCCGUCAUGAUGGCAGGAGAUGAAGGAAUCUGGAAACUUGCCAGCUGCAAUGCAAGCUACAGUCGCGUCGUCUGCACAACUGAAGCAAAGUCUGGAGGCUCUCCUGUGGCGUUGGGUCUCUUCAUCGUGGUCGUCCUCGCUCUGCUUUCAGCCAUCGUCUUCAUCAUCUAUAAGAAGAAAAGAACCCACUUCUCUUCUAGAGUCCGCUACAAGAGGACCUUUGAUGAAUCCGACGCCACCAGUAUUAUAACAGACGCUGACUGAGCUUGCUUAAGUAUCAGCCUCAGGGAGUAUUUAUGUGCCUUGUGUGCAUUUUAGUACUUUUCAGCAAGAGCAGAUGCAGCAUUCCUCUUUUUUUUUAUUAUUUAUUUAUCCUGCUCAAGCCUGCAAACUUUCUAGAAAUAUGUGUACAACUGUAAAUAUUAUUAGAGAAUUGUGGAUUUCUGCCAAUUCAGUUUCUUAAUUUGGGUUAUUUUAGAUUGUGUUAAUUAAAAGCCCUGUGUUACACCUAAUGUAAAUCCUGGGGCGCUCUGGUAAAUGAUGAUCAUUGACAUUAGUGGGAUGUUUGAGUUCAUUUUUUUUUUUUUUUAGAUUGGGUUUUAAAUAUGCAACGUGGAAAAACACAAACACUCCCUUUCAGCCCUAUAACAGGCUUUAAAUUGCACAGAAACAAAACAUGCAUUUAUUGUUUUAUGCUGUACUGUAUAUAACAUUACUCAAUCUAUUUCAAUUUUAUUUCACAACUUCAGAAGAUUUCCACAUGAUUCCUACAGUUAAUACAUGCAUUAAUAGACUUUUAAAAGGGCAGUUCACCUAAAAACACAUUAAACCUGUUUUUCUGAGAUAGUUUCUUCUUUAAAUACAUACAAUACUGCCCGGACUGUAUUGUCAUAUUUCAUGAGGGACAAAUUAUUUUAUAUUGUUUUCUCCUCUUCAUUGGCCUGAGAGCGACAUCUAUCAUCUUCAACACUCAGCUAAUCACAUUACAACUAUCUGGAUUGAGAGAUUGUUUGUAUUUUUAGUUGGACUGUGCCUGCUGUUACACAAGUAGACAAAUGUAUCCUUGAUAAAAUGUUACUGACUGCUUUUUAACAUCAUUACUGCAGAAGAAAUGGGAGACUUUAAGCGAGUGGAUAGGGUUAUUUUCAAUGCAUUUACUACUUCAGUCGUCUUAUUAAUACCAAACAAUAUGUUUUAGUUUACAACACUGAAUCUGAAAUUGUAGUCCUGCUGAUGAGUUUUAAGACACAUGUUUGUAUAAUUUGUCUGUUAAUGUAGAUCGGACUCCCCUAUGCACUUAACUACUGAGCAAGAACGCACUUUAAUAUGUUGUGGAGCUACAAUUCCUACCAUGUUUAAGCACAAUGAGUUUUGGAGAGUUUUUAGAGACGUUCAAAUUGCACUGACGUUUGAUGUGUAUGCUUUGUAAAUAUGUUUUAUAACUGAGAAUGAACCAAAGAUGCUCUGAGUCGUUUGAAUGUCAAAAGCCUGAGCUUUCCUUUUUACUUUGUGGAACUGCCUCAAUAUGGCUCGUUAACCCGUCCAUAUCAAGAUGUAAACCAAAUGUUCGUAGGAAGUUUAGUCUGUUUUUUUUAAUUUCCCCAUCACUCUUAAACACAUCAGGUACAUUAUCCUUCCAAUAAAAUUCAUCGAAAUGUCCUGUC